AUGGCUGUACAACAUGCGACGGUACGGCCGUCUCCAAUCAUCGAGCGACGCUCUAGACCUCUAACUGGCACAUCACUAGAUAUCUGCAUCCGCGCCAUUGCCGCCGAAGAAUGUCGCAGAAUUUGCGGCGCUAUUCACGAGCAGCCCGCUGCGAACGUUGACGAUUGCACUGAGCCUUGCUGUGUUGACAAAGAAGAGACCAGUGGUACCGGCCCGCGCAUACUAGACACCUACUAUACCAAGGACAAGGGCCAUCACUGUGGCGCGAGCGACUCUGGCGGCAAUUCCCCCAAGGAGGCAGAUUGCUGCACCGACAAGAAGAUUGCCUGUAAGAGCGUUGAAAAAGACACCUGCUGUGCUGACAAGAAGGGCGACGUCUGUGUCGAUAACAAGGACGACUACUGUCCUGAGAAGAAAUCAACAUGUGAUGCUAAAGAUAAGGAAUAUUGCUCAGACAAGAAGGCUUCUUGUGUUGACGUUCCGUAUCACACUUGCUGCAGUGGUAAGCAAGCGACCUUGCGCGGUCAUGUCAAGAACGAUUGUUAUACUACAAAGGAGGCUAUCCCAAAUACCAGUCAAGAUGAUGAUUGCUGCGCAGACAAGAAAGCGACCUGUAGCAACGCUCCUCAAAAACCAAAUUCCACGCCAUCGAUCGCCGGCAAAAAGCGUCCUCGGACCGACGGAGCAUGUGGAAGUCAUCUCCAACGGGCUUUUAAUCAGUAUGCGAGCUAUCUCGAAACCGGCCGAUGCAUUUGUCAAAGUGUCCUCAAUCGACUGGACGGCUGCUGUGGAAACCCAGCGGUAAAACAGCCAACUACGGCCGGUUCUACAAAGUCUUAUGGCUAUUCCACUUCUAUUGCGACCCAAUCAAUGUCCAGUCUUCGUUCAACCACCAAGAAGUCUUGCCGAGAGCCUUGCUGUGACGCGAAAAUUUCCCGAGUCGAAGCGAGGAGGUCUUCUGACCUAUCGUCAUGCUCCCGGGAUCGAGUCCAGAUUAGCUCCGCUGCUCCACUGAAAUUGCCCUUGCCCAGAGCAAAAGUAGUAGACAUCGAGGCUGAUGCUGCUCGCGAACAUGUCAUCCUCGGGGUCUCGGGCAUGACUUGCACCGGCUGCGUCAGGAAGGUCACCAACGUUCUGAAUAAUGUCGAUGGUGUCUCGGCCAUCAAAGUCACCUUUGUGACAGGCAUGGCUGAAUUCGACCUCGAUCCGAAAGUCGGAAACCUCCCGCAGAUCAUUCCACGCAUCGAGAAGGAAACUGGAUUCAAAUUCUCUCAGAUUGCGAGCGACUAUCAGACACUGGAGGUUGUGGUUGAUCCUUCCGCUGCUCAGCACGUCCUGGGGCGGCUACGCGAUGUGUGCGAAUCGGUGGAGAAGGUCAACAAGACCACUUACCGCGUUAGCCACGACCCUACCGCCAUCGGGGCCAGAUUUAUCCUCUCCAGCGUUCCAGGAGUUCGGCUCGCGCCACCGGGAAAUGAUGCCAAACGGGCCGAUGGACGCCGCAAGCUUAUGCGCACGGCAUGGAGCACCUCUUUGGCGGCAGUGUUCACCAUUCCAGUUGUCGUGUUGGCAUGGUCCGAUAACCCGCUACCCGACACGACAAAUUCCAUUAUCGAACUGGUACUGGCCACGGUGGUCCAGGCUAUCGCCGUUCCGGAAUUCUAUGCCGGCGCCAUCAAGUCUCUCGUCUAUAGUAGAGUUCUCGAGAUGGAUAUGCUGGUAGUUAUCAGCAUCACGGCUGCAUUCGGCUACUCAGUCGUGGCCUUUGCACUGACCCAUGCCGGCUACACCCUGGAAGAAGGGCCAUUCUUCGAAACAAGCGCCCUUUUGAUCACACUGGUCCUUCUGGGACGGCUCAUCGCAGCUCUCGCCAAGGUCCGAGCCGUCUCUGCGGUGUCCAUGCGAUCGCUACAGGCGGAAAAGGCCCUGCUCGUUGAUCCAUCCAGCGGAAACACGACCGAGAUCGACGCAAGGCUGCUGCAACUGGGAGAUGUGUUCCUCGUUCCACCACACGGCAAGAUUGUGACCGAUGGGGACAUCCUUCGUGGCUCGAGUGCUGUUGAUGAAUCUAUGUUAACCGGCGAAAGCCUGCCUGUGCCCAAAUCUCCUGGGGACCAGUUGAUUGCAGGAACCAUCAACGGCGCAGGGGCGUUGACAGUCCGUCUGACCCGCCUGCCAGGCAAGAACAGUAUAACAGAUAUCGCCGGCCUCGUUGAGAAUGCCCUCGGAUCGAAGCCUCGUAUUCAAGACCUGGCGGACAAGAUCGCGAGCUACUUCAUUCCGGCCGUGAUCACGACAUCUCUGAUUGUGUUCGCGGUCUGGAUGGCCGUCGCUCGCAAAGUCCGUGGCGAGGAAGGUGGCGGCGCCAUGGGCCUGGCCAUUACCUAUGGAAUCGCUGUCAUGGCCGUGUCCUGUCCAUGUGCCGUUGGUCUAGCAGUUCCAAUGGUACUUGUCAUAGCUGGUGGCGUCGCUGCUCGACAUGGCGUAAUCAUCAAGCAAGCCGAUGCAAUCGAAAGAGGCUACAAAGUCACUGACGUUAUCUUUGACAAGACCGGUACCAUCACCACGGGAGACCUUGCGACGAUUCACCGACAAGCCUUCCCGGGAGAGGGCCGCUCCGAGGAUGAGAUCUUCUCCGUCACCAGGGCCAUCACCAAAGACAACCAACACCCUGUUUCCCUAGCCGUUUCCAUCGAGCUGCAGAAGAGGCACAUCAGGAGUGCCGAAGUCGAGAACUUGGAAUCCGUUCCUGGCGCUGGGAUCCGAUGCACCUGGAAGGGACAAAAAGUCCUGGCGGGCAAUCCUUUCUGGCUUGGCAUUGAUCACCGUCCCGAAAUAUCUGGCUUGAUCAACCAGGGCAUGACGCUUCUUUGCGUGACUAUUGAAUCGAAACCUGUAGCUGUGUUCGGGCUCAGGAGUACCAUUCGCAAGGAAGCUACUAAAACGAUUGCGGAUCUCCAACGCCGCGGUCUUGUUUGUCACAUUGUAAGCGGCGACACCCCAAGAGUCGUGGAGGACAUCGCACAGGCCGUUGGCGUACCUUUCUCGAAGAUCGCGUCACGCCAGUCUCCCACGGACAAGCAGAACUACGUGCAGGGCCUCAUGUCCGCCAAAAAGGUCGUGCUCUUCUGUGGUGAUGGGACUAAUGAUGCUGUUGCUGUGGCACAAGCCGACGUCGGCCUUCAGAUCGGGGCUGCAUCGGAUGUCACCAGAGCCACGGCGGAUGUCGUUUUGCUGGGUGGCCUUGAUGGUCUUCUUGUGCUUCUCAACCUAUCGCAGCGAUCGUUCCGCAGAAUUGCCUUCAACUUUGCGUGGUCGGCUUUCUAUAAUGUGUUGGCAAUGUUGCUCGCGGCAGGCGCUUUUGUCAAGGUGCGCAUCCCUCCCGCUUAUGCCGGUCUCGGCGAGGUUGUCAGUGUCGUUCCUGUAAUUGCUGCAGCGGUGACCCUGAUGAGAGCCAGACACGCCCAUUAG